UUCGAUGCGUGGCUGUCUAAGUUAAUGUACUUCCGGACACAAUUUAAAGCCUCGGCAUAAUUCGUCUCCGCAUUACGAGUUACAGUUAACUUCAACAGAAUGGCCACUCCGUUACCAAGCUUGGAUCAGCUUGUUUCGGAGGCCACUUCUUUGUUCAAACGCAUUUUUGACGAUGAAGCUCCUCAGUUUGCAGCGUGUGCUCCGGGAAGGGUCAACCUGAUCGGGGAGCACACGGACUACAACCAGGGAUACGUACUUCCAAUGGCAUUACCCCUGGUCACUGUGGUGGUUGGAAGUGCCUCAUCUGAUCCGGAAGCUACCAUUGUCACUGCGAGCGAGCAUGCCGAUGAACCCAGGAGAGUAGACCUGAGACUGCCAAAAGGAACAUUCUCACUCUCUCCAGGGCUGCCAAGUGAGGGACUCCCACUCUCUCCAGGGUUACCACACUGGGCCAACUAUGUUAGAGGCGUUAUACAUCACUACAGAGCUCACCCACUCCCAGGUUUCAAAGCUGUGGUGGUCUCCAGUGUCACUCUUGGAGCAGGUCUCUCUAGCUCAGCUUCUUUGGAAGUGGCCUUUUACACAUUUCUGCAGCAACUCAAGCCAGAUGACGGAGACAAAGUAUCCAAAGCAAUUGCAUGCCAGCAGGCUGAGCACACUCAUGCCGGUGUGCCUUGUGGCAUCAUGGAUCAGCUCGUGUCGGUUCUUGGGAUGGAGGGGCAUGCGUUGCUUAUUGACUGCAGGUCGCUGGAGUCCACCCCAGUCCAGUUAACAGUUCCAGAUCUCGUCUUUCUCAUCACCAACUCCAAUGUCAAACAUUCUUUGGCAAGUAGCAACUAUGCCUUGAGACGUGCACAGUGUGAAAAGGCUGCCUCAAUCUUGGGGAAACCCAGUCUAAGAGAUGUGACCAUGAAUGACUUGGAAGAUGCAAGAGACCAACUCGACGAUGUGAUUUAUCGUCGAGCUUUUCAUGUUAUUGGGGAGAUCCAAAGGACUGUCAGAGGUGCAGAAUACUUGAAGACGGGUGCCUAUCAAGAGUUCGGCAAAGUCAUGGUGGAAAGCCACAAUUCCCUCAGAGAUUUAUAUGAGGUGAGCUGUAAGGAGCUUGACGAUCUGGUGUCCGUUGCCAUGGAGGUGGAGGGAGUGUUUGGCAGCAGGAUGACAGGUGGAGGAUUUGGAGGUUGCACAAUAACUUUGCUGAAGGCCCAGGUCGUUGACAGGGUGAUACAUCACAUACAGGAGCAGUACAGUGGAACCCCAACUUUCUAUGUUGCGACUCCUUCAGAGGGUGCUCGGGUUCUACAGCUAUCCUGAAUUCUGCCAAAGCACUUUUUAAUUGCCUUUGAAUGCUUCCUUAUUUGUCCCCAGAAUUUCUUCCAUUGAAACUCAGAGGAGCUAUUAAGUACUGUCAAUGAGGAUUCCUUUUCAUGAUACUGUACUGUAAAUCGCAAAGUGACAAGUGCAUUUUUUGUGGGAUUUUCUAAAAAAAACAUGAAAAACAUCAAA